AUGUAUAUACGAUUUGAAGAUGGGUUAAAUGAUGAGAUCAGAAUGAUGACUGGGGGAACUAAGAUACGGGGAUUCGUUGUUCUGUUAGAUCAUGCUCAAAAGAUGGAAGAGGUGUACAAUAGAAAAAUACAAUGGGAAAGAAGAAAUAAAGAAUCUUAUAAGAGAAGUUCCUCUAAGUCAAUUUCAACAUUUCCGGCUAAAAAGUUUAGAGAUGAUUCUAGCCAAUCCACUUUAGUGUCGGAACGAUCGAAUAGGAACAAAGUAACUCAACAAGAAUUUGGGGUAACGAUUAAACCUACAGCUAGUGUUGGUAGUGAAGAACAGAAAGGAAAGCAAAUAGCCACUUCUCAAAGAAGUAGACAAUCAGGCCAAAGUAGUGCAACUAGGACUGCUUGUUUGUAUAUGAAAGAUUAUGCUGCCCGGUCAGAAGUUAAACCACCUACACGUACUUAUGCUAUCCGAACAAGAGAGGCAGCUACAGCUCCAGAUGUAAUUGCUGUUACAUUCUAUCUAUUCGAUGUUACUGUGUAUGCAUUGCUUGACCCUAGGUCUACAUAUUCUUAUGUUUUCACUGUAUUAACAUCAGAAAAGAAAUUGUCUGUUGAACCUACUGAUUAUGAUGUUCAAUUGACGAAGAAUGAUGCUGUAGUAAAUUGUAGAGAAAAAGGGAUUGAUCUGAAAUGUCAAACAGGUGAAAUGAUUAUUGUUGAGUCCAAAAAUUCGAAAGGAACUGUUAGAAUUAUUUUAGCUUUUUCAUCUCAGAGGUUAAUGCGGAAAGGUAAUAAGGCAUUUUUAGCCUAUAUUCUUGAUACUCGGGGUUCUAAAUUGAAGUUAGAACAAUUACCAGUUGUUAAUGAGUUUUCUGAUGUGUUUUUUAAGGAAUUGUCAAGUUUAUCACAAGAUUGUGAAGUUGAGUUUGUAAUUGAUGUGAUUCUGGGAACAGCUCCGAUAUCAAUAACACCAUAUAGAAUGGCACCGACCGAAUUAAAAGAGUUGAAGACACAAUUGCAAGAGUUAUUAGACAAAGGGUUCAUCAAACUAAGUAUGUCACCUUAG